GUUUUCACAUGGCACCGUGACGCUUUGAAAAUACCCAACACGAAAAAAUUGGUCAUCGGACGAAAGGAAAAGGAGCAAAUCUGGAAAUAAAAUCAAACGGCGGGUGUCAGGUAGUUUUGUCAUCUUGUUUGGUCACUCCUGCAGAGAAAGAGAUAAUACAGCGGCGGAUAAAGUUCCUGCUCGCAUGUGCUACUGGUGAAAUGGCAAGUUCAGUGGAGAAGGGGAAGGAUACUUCGAUAACAGAGGAGGAUUUCUCUGUAGAACUUCCUGCUCCUCCUGGCUGGAAAAAGAAGUUGAAUUUUUUUAGCUGUUGUUAUGUCCAUUAUGGAAACACAAAGUGUAAACGGAAAGUUGGUGCAAUUAGAGGCACUUUAAAUUUCGUGCCCAAGAAGAGUGGGACCCCUAAGAAAAAUGAGAUCAUAUUCACUGCCCCAACUGGGGAGGAAAUCACAGGCAGAAGACAGUUGGAACAAUAUCUCAAAGCGCACCCUGGUGGUCCAGCUGCAUCUGAGUUUGAUUGGGGCACUGGUGAGACCCCUAGACGAUCAGCACGGAUUAGCGAGAAGGCAAAGGCAGCUCUAACCCCUGAAACUGAAACCCCAAGGAAACGAAGCAGGAAAUCAUCAGCUUCUAAAAAGGAGAACAAAGAAACAGAAACUGCACCAGAAGGAGCUGAGGAGACGAAAGAAAUUCAAAUGCAGGAAGCUGGAAAAACCGGAAAGGAUGAUGCAGAAGUGGAAGCUGGAAAGGAGGAUGUGAAAGGAAAUCUGGAAGAGAAUAAAGAAAAACCACUAGAGACUGAUGCUAAAAUAGAAUCAACUCCUACUGAAGAAGCUAAAGUUGAACAAGAUGCAGACAAAUCUGAUGAAGCUGGAGAGGGAAAAGGUGAAGUACAGCUUGGGCGCUCCAAGGGGACAUCAGAUGGUUCUGGGGCAUCUGAAAGUAAAAAGGAAAAUAUAGAGGAUGAAAAGUUUAAAGGAAAGGAUGAGCAACAGCAGCUUGAGGUUUCCAAAGAAUAUGGGUGUGGGGAACUAGAUAAAGCUGGCACAGACCUGAAUGAGAAGUACAAAGGUGUAGUAGAAGACAAAGAGAAACAUAACGAAAGCAUUCCCAAGUCUGAAGGAGAGAUCAAGGAUAAAGAAGCAGCAAACGGCAAUAAUGAGAAACCAAAUUAUAUGGAUAUUGUGAUCGAGAAGGUGGAAGGAGAGGUAGUUGAGAAUGGGAGAAGUGGCAGUGAUGCCAAGCAAGGUUAAGCCUUGAUUGAGCACAUCAAAUAGAGUAAUUUGAUGCUGGCCUCUUCUAUCUCACCCUUUCUUACCUUUUUAGGCUGCUAAGUCCCUUGGAUGACUGUAGUUUUAAUGUUGUAACAGAUAGCUAUCUGAUUGUUCAUUCAGACAUUGCUUUAAUAGAGCCACAGGUUAGAUGUGUAAUGUAGGAGUUCUUAUUGCCGAACUUAUAGGAUGCGGUAGCCAUUGUAAAAGUAUGAUAUCAGAUACUGUUAUUGUAAUUUCAUCAUGCGUUUAUGUAAUAAUGUAACUCUAUUUAGAGAUCC